AAAGAGGUACUAGAGUAACAGAAGAUAUCAGAAGUAAAUUAUAACAGUAACAACAACAAUGAAACUGACAGUAGUGUUCGUGAUGCUGAUGGCGGUGCUCGCGCUAUUCGCGGGUGGUGUCAGUUCGGCUCCAAACCCAGACCCUAAGGUCAAUUUUCAAGCGCUGAAGAAAGUGGGGAAGACAGUUAAAAAAGUCAUUGGAGCAGCGAGUGCAGCGGCAACCGCCCACGAGUUGUAUCAAUCAGCCAAAAACAGGGGUCAGCAGGGGUAGUGAUGGUAGAGAAAGCCGCAAGAAGAUUCUAAUAUCCUCGCUUCGGUUAUAAUACUAAGAGCUAAAAGCCAAGCUGAACG